UGGUUUGGUUGGUAUGUCAGUACUUGCAAGAACUUGAAAACGUUUUGUGGGCUGACAUGCAUUCUGUAACUCACGACUGCUUCUUCAACUAAAAACUUCAACCUGGACUAAGCCCAUAAGAUUGUCUUAAGAUAUUUUCAGCAACGUCAUGCAGGAACUUCUCCUUAGGCUGCUGAGCGAUAAAGAUCUAGAGGUCAACAUCCUUGCCAGUCCAUACCAGAUACAGAUGGAGCCAGUCAUGGAUUUAACUAAGUACUGUGUCAACACAACUGUAAAGAGGAGGGGAGGCGAGACCAAGAGCAUGAAAUAUCUGUGAGUCUCUCUCUGGAUGUGCAAUGGUUCCCUAAUCUGCAUACUCAUACUGAGGGAACAAGACUAUUUGUCGUUUGACAUCUUGUGCCUGUCAUUGACACAACAGACCAAACUCAUGAUUAUGGAACCCGUCUCACAACAAAACCUCAUGUUAGAAUGUCAGAUCUGUCUGAACUGCUACAAUUUGCGGCACAGGCCCAAGCUCUUGGACUGCCAACACACCUGCUGCUCUGUGUGCUUGACCCAGAUGAAGAUGAGCCUGAGUGAGCUGCGCUGCCCCUGGUGUCGCUCUGUCACCACCCUGCCACCUGGGGUCUCCGUCUCCCAGCUCCCAGAUGACCCGGACAUUAUGGCCGUCAUCUCUGUCCCAUCCCCCCCAGAAUACACACCUGUCUUCUUCAAACAGCUGCUUAGUAACACCUGCUACCUGUCUAUAGACCACCAAGAGAGGGCCACAGUGCCUGGUGAACAUUCAGGUAGGCACUUGCAGGCUGGGCAGACAAAGGAGAUGUCUCCAGUGCCUGUGUCUGACGAGGGAAGCCCAGGGUUGGGGGAGGAACAUGGGGAGAGGGAGAAAGGUUGUUGUAAGAGCUCGUUCACGACCAGGGCAGGCUUAGUGGUUCUUCUGGGUUUUGUCCUACUCUUACUUGUGUACAUUGUACUGUACAACAUGAAAUGCAUUUACAAACGGUUCACCAUGAUAUCCUGUGCCUAAAAGACUGGAUACUAAUAAGCUGUUUGGAAUCUUUCUAUCUCACUCCCCAAAAUGACUGGACAUUGUCACAAUGCCAGUAUUCAGGCUAUUUCUUAACCAGAGAUAGUGCUGUCGUACUGAGGGAAGAAAUGGUUGUUAUACUUUGUUUUAGGAAUGUGUACAGAUAUAAUGAUGAAUUUGAAUUUUUCAAAGGAUUUUUCAUAUUGUUGUGCAAUAAAGAGUUAAAACAAUAUAA